AGAAGUGUAAUAAAUUUAUAAGCUGAGUCUAAGUCUCUUAUUGGGCUUAUCGGUUCUUUUGUUAAAGUAUGGAAGCAAGCACGCAAACACCAAAGUAUUUCUACAAAGCACAUCCAAGGCUUGCAUCGCUGAUAAUACAGGUCGAAAAAUUGGAGCAAGAGCUUCGGGCGAGACGCGUAGUUACGCAGGACUGCAUUUAUCUCGGCAAAAAUGGAACACAACUGCACAGUGAUUUGUAUCGCGGCAUCAAUUGGAGCAACUAUAAAAGUGCGACCAACGAGCUUAGCUAUCUAGUCUUUGGCCAUGAAGUCUUGGGCACGCAUUCGCUCACCGGCCGAGCUGGACCCUGGACGGUACUAAAAAAACGUGGGGUCAAGCCGCCACUGGAUCCAAAGCAUGUGGCUGAUAUAGUAGAGCAUAUUAGAAUACAUUUUCAAGCUACUUAUACUGUGGAUCCAACGAAUAAUCGGACAAGCCCUUGUUGA